UGUUAUUGGGAAACACCCCCCGGGGGUGGCAGGAGGGUGAGUAUGUAUAAAUUCAGGGCUGGGGCAGACUCUUAACACACAGCAGCUGGAGACGCCUGAGAUCACACUGUAGUUAUACUGCCCAGGAGUCUACUACCUACAUUCUAUUACAGAAAAAUGGUCUGCAAUAUGAGGCUGUUGGUACUCUCUCUGAUCUCCUGCACUGCCGCAGCCAUCGGUCCAAUGUCCCUGGAACACGUGGCCCGCAGAGACGCUAGCUUUGGGGUGCGUUUGUUCCGGGAGGUCCUGCAGGAACACAAAGAAAAGAAUUUGGGCUUCUCGCCCUAUGGGGCGUCCUCUGCUCUGAACAUACUGCAGUCUGGGGCGGCGGGGAGGUCGUUGGAACAACUGCGCCAAAGCCUGAAUUACGGAUAUUCCGAGCGGAGGGUGUCUUCAAUGCUCCGGAGACUUAGAGAGGCCAUCUUAGGUGACGCAACAUCUAUACACGUCGCAGAUGGGAUGUUUGUGCAAAGGGACCUUAGUAUAACCCCCGGCUUCCUGCAAAGAUUUCACUCUACUUUCCAGCGCCAUGUGACCCAAGUCAACUUCACCGACCCAUCACAGGCCAGGGACAUCCUGAACCAAUGGGUGGAAAACCAAACAGAUGGGAUGAUCCAGGACUUGUUGGGAAGUAACUCCAUUCCUCCACUCACCAGACUGGUUCUACUCAGUGCCGUGCAUUUUAAUGGAAAAUGGGCCAUCCCAUUCCCAGAGAAAGCCACCCACAAGAGGCCAUUCUACCGUUCAGAUGGGUCUCAGGUGCAAGCACCGAUGAUGGCCAAUACUGCCAAGUACAACUACAGCGAAUGUGAAACACCAGAGGGAGAGUUCUAUGAUGUCAUUGAGUUACCGUAUGAAGGGGAGGAAUUCAGCAUGUUGAUAGCGGCUCCAUACGAGAAAGGGGUUCCCUUGUCCACCAUCACUGAUAUCCUGACUCCUGAGCUCAUCCAACAAUGGAAAACCAGCAUGAAGCGCUCAACUCGCCUCCUUGUAUUGCCCAAGUUCUCUCUGGUGAGUGAAGUGAAUCUGAAGAGUCCACUUGAGCGUCUUGGCAUCACGGACAUUUUCUCAGAAGAGACAGCUGACUUUAGACGGCUAUCCUAUGAAAGGCCGCUGUAUGUGUCAGAAGCAUUCCAGAAAAUCAAGGUGGAGGUAACGGAGAGCGGAACAAGGGCAUCAGCAGCAACAGCUGCCAUUUUCCUGGCCCGAAUGUCCCCUCUUGAGGUCAUCAUGGAUCGUCCAUUUUUGUUCCUUAUCAGGCACAAUCCAACAGGUACGUUGCUGUUUAUGGGACAAGUCAUGGAGCCCUGAAACUAGCGCCAUCUAGUGCCAACAAGCAGUACCUCGCCUCUUCCACCUUUGACCACUGUCAGCGGGAGUCACCUGAGCCAAAGCCCUUAUGUUCUGUGGGGUGGAGAGACUUGAUAGACUACUGGGGGGAGGGGUGAACAAGGAAACUCACGGGUAGUAUGAAUGAGUACAGUGCAGCAUCAGCACAACAAGCAAUGCAAGAGAGUGUGGAGUGUGUGAGUGGAGUGUAAACUAUUGUGAUGUUUAGAGAAUAUACUAUAGAGAGUUCUAGAGAUAAUAUGUUGUUUUUUUUAUCUUUAUAUCUGGUGUAUUUAAUAAAUAUAUUUAUUUAUAUU